CGAAAUUACGUUCGUAAUAAAAAAAACAAUAAUUAUUUAUUGUUAAUAUAAAUUUUUUUCUUUUAUCUACUCCGACCAAUAGGCAACAACUGCAUAUUUUUAGUUUUGUACAUUAUUUUAGUUUAUUACUAUGUGACCAAUGAUUUCGCCUUGUAUUGAUCGAUAUUAUAAUAUUAUUGUUGUUGUUGUUCCUUUUUUAGUGUGUAAAUAUCUGUGAUCAAGACUCGUCACGACAACGGAUUACUAACUAGUCAUGUCUCGGCUAGCGGAUUAUUUCGUGGUCGUAGGCUAUGACCACGAAAAAGAACGUAGUGGGACCAGUAAAGGUAUGAUUAUUCAACGAUUUCCUGAAAAAGAUUGGAAAGACACUCCUUUCAUUGAUGGAAUUGAAUGGUUUUGUCAACCACAAGGAUGGUCCCUAUCAUCAGAGAGACAAGAACCUAGAUUUUUUGUGUUUGUUCUUACUGAUGUAGAGGCUGAAAGACAUUAUUGUGCUUGUUUGUGUUUUAAUGAAACAGUAUCAAUUACACCUAGUAAACCUGUUGAUGAGGAAGAGGAUGGUGUUGUGGAAAACAUAGCACUUUCAAGAAAUAAUCAUACAAAUCAAAGACAACAUCACAGCAUUAUGUAUGCACCAAAAUGUCUAGUUUUGGUUUCAAGAUUAGAUUAUAUAGAAACAUUCCGAAAUUGUUUAGGUAUUAUUUACACCGUUUAUGUAGAAAAUGUAGAAACUCCUAUAGAAACAUUAGUAGGAAAUAUGUUGGGUUGUGUUCAAGUUCCUCAACCAGGUGGGCCUCAAGUGCGUUUUAGCAUAGGUGCUGGUGACAGACAAGCGUUACAACCUCCAUUAUCUCAAACAUUACCAGUAACUAAGAAUGCAGUAUAUUUAUUAUUCCAAGAACUUGGAAUUCACAAUGUUGUUGUAUUAUUCUGUGCUAUUAUGACUGAACAAAAAGUUCUGAUGACUUCUAGAAGUUACAGCAGACUCACUGAAGGUUGUUCUGCUCUAAUAUCUCUUAUGUAUCCAUUUAAAUACAGCCACGUUUAUAUACCAUUGUUACCGGCGGGUUUAGUUGAAGUAUUAUCCACUCCAACACCAUUUUUAAUGGGUGUACAUGCUUCUCUUAAAACUGAUGUUUCCGAACAAAUGGAUGUAAUAGUAGCUGAUUUGGAUGGUGGUAGUAUUCUUGUGCCUGAUGGUAUAAGUUUACCUUUAUUGCCCGAACCACUAUUAACACAAACUCAAGACUGUUUAAGUCUUGUGUUACAACCAGAAUUGUGUUGUGCAGACCAUGCGUUCCCUCCAACUUCUAAUACUGUUCAACCUCCACCCCCUACACUAAUUGACAAAGAAGUGAGAGCAGUUUUUAUGAGAACAUUUGCUCAAUUACUUCAAGGUUAUCGUUGUUGUUUAACUAUAAUAAGGAUACACCCAAAACCAGUCAUCACAUUUCAUAAAGCUGCAUUUUUGGGUGAAAGAUGUCUAAUAGAUGAUGAAUUCACAACAAGGGUAUUAGACUGUAUGUUUUUCAAUGGUUUUGUGACUGAAAGAGGUCCAGCUUGGCGUUCUUGUGAUCAAUGGGAUGAGUUAUAUUGUAAUAUGAAUGAAUUACUUAGAACUGAAGCAUUAGACGAUGGUCGUUUAGUUCUUACUCAUAUUCAGGAGUUAGCUCAAGCAUUGUAUUUGAAUGAAAAUCCCAAUCCACAACCAUAUGUUCAAAAAAUCUUGAAACCCCCUGAAGGUGCAUUUACUAGAAUCCACCAACCUCCAUUUCCAAAACUUGAUGCCAAUUGUGUUCAGACAAUUAUUGAUGAUGGUUUAAUUAAACAUAAUUUAAACUCAAAGUUAGUUUUAAGUAAAUUUAAAAUUAAAAUUCUUAUUAAAAACAAACAUUAUUUCAGACUUUCAUCAAUAAAACCAACACCACCUCGCAUAGUACCUAUGGGACCUCCAAUAACAAAUUCUAAUGAUCUAAGAACAACUGUCAGUAAUUCUGCUCGUCGAUUAGAAGUUUUACGUAACUGUGUAAAUUGUAUAUUUGAAAAUAAGAUUUCUGAUGCUCGUAAAACAUUCCCAGCUGUGCUAAGAGCAUUAAAAUGUAGAGCUGCUAGAUUAGCUUUAUGUACAGAACUUGCACAACAUGUUCAAGGAAAUAAAGCUAUGCUAGAACAUCAACAAUUUGAUUUAGUUGUACGAUUAAUGAAUUGUGCUUUACAGGAUGGGUCAGCUAUGGACGAAUUUGGUAUAGCAGCAGCUCUCUUGCCUUUAGCAACUGCAUUUUGCCGUAAACUGUGUACUGGUGUGAUACAAUUUGCAUACACGUGUAUUCAAGAUCACCCAGUUUGGAAAAAUCAACUAUUUUGGGAAUCUGCAUAUUAUUUAGAUGUACAAAGGGACAUAAAAUCUCUUUACUCUGACAAUAAUCUCUCAAGUCAUAAAAGAUCUUCAUCAAUGAAUUUAUCUAGUCCCCGUGAAAAUCAUAAUAAAGAUAAUAUUUUAAAUGACAGAUUUAGUCGUUCACAAGAACUAUCUGCUUUAGAAAUAGCAGCUGAACAAAUGAGGUUACGUCCAUCUAACAAUUCUGAUAAACUUAAGGAAUACAUAUCAAGCGAAGAAUCAACACUAUACAGUCAAGCUAUCCAUUAUGCUAAUCGUAUGGUAUAUUUACUAGUUCCAUUAGAUGUAGGAGGAAAUAAUGUUAAGAGUUCAUCAAAUCAUCAGUCAUCUAAUAAAAAUAUCGAUGAUGAAAGAACAUCUAACAGUAUAACAAAUAGUGCUGUCGAUAGAUCAGGUAGUGUAUGUGAAUCUGAUGUUGAAAGUGGUUUUGCUGAACCAGAACCUAAUGAAAUUGGUAACAAAGUUAUUAAGAUGGUUAGCCGUUUUGUUGACAAAGUAUGUACUGAAGGAGAAGUUAGUGAAGAACACAUUCGUGCUCUACAUCAAAUGAUACCAGGUGUAGUGCAUAUACAUAUUGAAACAUUAGAUGGUGUCAAUAGAGAGUCCAAACGAUUGCCACCUAUACAAAAACCUAAAAUAUUGACACCUAAUAUGUUGCCUGGAGAAGAACCGCUGAUGGAUGGUUUAAGAGUAUAUUUAUUACCAGAUGGAAGAGAAGAAGGUUUAGGAGGAUUAGUUGGUGGACCACCAUUGUUACCGGCAGAAGGAGCUAUUUUUAUUACAAAUUAUCGUAUUGUAUUUAAAGGAACUCCUUUGGAUCCUUUUGCUUGUGAACAAAUUGUAGUAAGGUCAUUUCCUGUUACAUCAUUAACUAAAGAAAAACGAAUAACAGUUCAAUAUUUAGCACACUUAGACCAAUGGUUACAAGAAGGUCAUCAGUUCAGGUCCUGCACAUUCCAGUUAAUUAAAGUGGCAUUUGACGAAGAAGUAAAUGCAGAAGAUAUUGAAUGUUUCCGAAAAUUUAUACACAAAGUACGACAUCCUCCAAAUGUAUUUAAUCACUUUGCAUUUACAGGCCAAAUUCCAAUUUAUGAAAUGCCCAUGACAAGUGAUAAAGAAAAAAAUGCCACUCUAAAGGGGUUUGCAAAAAAAACUUUAAUGAAGACUGCUCGUAAAGCAGGUUUCAAGCAAAAGAGUUCAUCCAAACGCCAUAAAUAUGUUUUGCCUAACAUAUCAAAUAGUUCAAUAAACAAAACUAACAAAUAUAUGACCACUCCUGGUCGGAUGACCCUUCCUCCUUUUAACAAUCUUGAUGACUUAUCUGUAAAUGAUUUAGAUAUUAAUGCGUUGAAUACUUCUAACAUUGUUUCUAAUGUUUCUGAUCCAAAAACAUUGGAAAGAGUAACAGAAAGGAGUUAUGUACGUGAUUGGAUUAGAUUAGGCCUUGCACCAAAAAAUACUAGUUCGAAUAACAUAGGCCAGAAAAAUAAUAAUAAAGAGCCAUUUAAAAUCACUACACUAAAUUCAACAUAUUUAAUGUGUCGCAGUUAUCCUGCACUCUGGGUAGUUCCAUCAAUUAUUUCAGAUGAUAGCGUUCGAAGGUUUUAUCGAAAUUAUCGCCAUAGUAGAGUUCCGAUAAUUACAUGGCGUCACCAGCAAACAUCUGCAUUAUUAUUACGAGGUUCGGGAUAUCAUGGAAAAAAUCUUAUUGGAAUGUUGAAAUCAACACAUCCAUCCUCAACAGGUACAUUGAAUUCAGAGAGUAAUUCUUCUGUAGAACAAGAAAGAUACUUAUCAGCUAUUGUUGCUUCGACUCCUUUGUCAACUUUACGUCAUAGUGGUGCUGCAUGGGGAUUAUCUGAUAGCAGCCUUAGUAUAAAUUCACUUUUGUUGGCUGCAGAUGAAGAUAUUCUUCCACCAGAUAUUUCACGCAGGGGCCCAAUGAGGUCUAGUGGUGGUAAUAAACAAUUCGGACGCUGGGGCUCAUUAAAAGAACGACGCAAUAUUAGUACUUCAUCAAAUAAUAGUUAUUCCUCACCAAUGUUUCAAAAUCAAUCAUAUGGACGUAUGUCAAUGGCUGAUCCAGAUUCAAAUUCAGAUAAUCCUCAUGAAUUUCAUAGAGCUGCUUUGUACAUACUUGGUGAUAAAACCCAAAUGAAGGGUAUGAAAGGUGAUUCUAUCAUGAAAAUUGAUUUUAUCCCAAUCGAGUAUGCUGACAUUCGUCACAGUAAGACAUCAUUUAAGAAACUGAUGCGAGCAUGUGUUCCAAGUUCUACUAGUAAUGAACCAGAACAUUCUUUUUACAAAAUGAUUGAAAGUUCAGACUGGUUACAACAAUUACGAAACAUUAUGCAAUUAUCGGGGGCUAUAGUAGAUUUGAUUGACGUACAAGGUUCUUCAGUCAUGUUGUGUUUGGAAGAAGGAUGGGACAUAACGUGUCAACUGUCAUCAAUUGCACAAUUAUGCAUGGACCCAUAUUAUCGCACAAUCGAAGGUUUCCGGGUGUUAAUUGAAAAGGAAUGGCUUGCAUUUGGUCACCGGUUCAGUCAUCGUAGUAAUCUGGCCACUGCAUCCCAAGCUUCUGGGUUUGCACCAACCUUCUUACAAUUUCUCGAUAUUGUCCAUCAAAUCCAUGGCCAAUUCCCAUUGUCGUUUGAAUUCAAUGAUUAUUAUUUGAGAUUUUUGGCAUAUCACUCGGUGUCCUGUCGAUUCCGAACGUUUUUGUUGGACUGCGAACUGGAAAGAGUAGAAUGUGGAGUGGCUGCUGUUGAAGAUAAACGAGGAUCACUUACAUCACACCACAAGAGUGUAGACACUGGUUCAGAUGACGACAUUGUUUAUCCAGGAGGUCGUUUGGCUGGUAACAAUAUUUCAUCUCACUAUGUACCAAAUUUGGGACAAUCUGUGUUUGAUUACAUUGAAAAAUAUAAUGCACGAACAUCAAUAUUUUACAAUUUUAUGUACAUGCCAAAUGUUGAACAACCGGUUCUCAGACCACAAUCAUCACUGCCAAACUUGAAUGUUUGGCAAUAUUAUUUGAAUGAAGAAUUAGCGCACGGACCAAGUUACGAUUUGGAGAUUAUUCAGAUGGAUAUGCAACAAGAAGAAGAAGCUGAAGCAGCAGAUGGUAUUUCUAAUAAGAACCAUCGCAAAGUCAUUACAACUGGGUAUAAUAUAGUAGAGCGAUACAUACCAGACGCAUUUAAAAAUUUAUUGGAUGACAUUCAUAAAUUGGAAACUGAACUAGGGCUUUUGCCACAAAAAUGGAAGGUACUAUGGGACAAGUUAGAAAUUCCUGUUACAGCAGAAUCAUUGAAGAGACACGCUUCGUUUAGUACACAACUGGUCAGAUAUCACGGGCGGUUGUUGCACAAACGAUCCACAAUAGAAAUUCUUAUGCGUGGCAAAGCAAGUAACACAACAUCUACAAACACAGAUACAAAUCCACCUCAUUCACAUCCACAUCGCUUUGAAAAAUAUAACUUUACCACUCCUACAUACUGUGAUUUUUGUUCUAGUCUUCUUUGGGGACCCGUAAAGACUGGUAUGAGAUGUUGCGAUUGUGGUUAUAGUUGCCACGAAAAGUGUUCAGAAAAUGUACCCAAAAGCUGUACUAAAUACAAGGCUGUUGCAGACAGAACACUGACUAAUCAAAAUGCCAAUAGAGCAUGUGGUGAAACGACUUCAGUGAAUUCUAAUAUGAAUGGAAUCCACCAACAAUACUAUGAGCAGUUCUCAUCUAAUGUUGCCGAGAACAGGACUCAUGAAGGUUAUUUAUAUAAACGUGGAGCUCUCUUAAAAGCGUGGAAACAACGUUGGUUUGUUUUAGACUCAAUAAAACAUCAAUUGAGAUACUAUGACUCUAUGGACGAUUCUCAUUGCAAAGGAUAUAUAGAUCUUGCUGAAGUAAUGUCUGUGUCUCAAGCUAACCCAACACCAGGUGCACCUAAGAAGACUGAUGAUAAAUCUUUCUUUGAUUUGCGUACAAACAGAAGAACUUACAACUUCUCUGCUAGUGAUAUGACAACAGCCCAAGAAUGGAUAGAAAAAGUCCAAGCUUGUUUGCAAUAAUCAACCAACUGUCUUAAAAAAAUAACGUUUUAAAAUACAAAAAUUUCUUAUCCAUUGUUAAAGUUAUUUUAUUUAUUUUUCAUUAUAGUUAAUAUUUUCCUUUUUUUUUUAUAUAUUUAUAUUAUAAUGAAAUAUCUUUAAGUAUCCCAAAUCACUAAUGUGAAAAUAAAAUGUAUUUGUGGUCUUAUCGUUGAAUUGAAACGAAAUGUGAUAGUUUUGUAUGUUGUAACUAUUUAUUUUUCACAACUUCUUUUUAUUGUUUUUAUUACUAUUAUUAUUAUUAUUAUUAUCUAUACUACCAUAUGCUUAUGUGUUGUAAUAUUAUGAUUUAUUAUUAUAAUUAUUUACUAAAUAAUAGACUCGA